GUCCCCCUCUCGCCCUGGCCGCUCGCGCAGCUGCUCGGCUCUCGCUAUAUAAAGGGGCGAAGCGGGCAGAGCGGGCGGCUGGCGGCGGCGGCUGCAGCCCCAGGGCCGGCGAACCAGGCCGGGCCAGGCCAGGCCAGGCCGCGGGGCGGCCCCUGAGCCGGGGCGGGACGCGCGGGCUGUGGGGGGACGCAGCCGGGCAGGUUUAUUGUUUUAGGGGCGACUCCCCCCCGCGGUUGGGGGCGUCCCGGGGGGCUCGGGACAUGGCGAGCUCGACUAACACAAACCCCGUGCCUAAAUUGUACAGAUCUGUAAUUGAAGAUGUCAUCAAUGAUGUCAGAGAAGUUUUUCUGGAUGAAGGAGUUGAUGAACAAGUUCUUAUGGAACUCAAAACACUGUGGGAGAACAAGCUCAUGCAGUCCAAGGCUGUAGAUGGCUUCCAUUCAGAAGAGCAGCAGCUUUUGUUGCAGGUGCAACAGCAGCAACAGCAGCAGCAGCAGCAACAGCAGCAUCAUCACCACCACCAUCACACACAACCUCAGCCGCAGCAGACUGUGCAGCAGCAGUCUCAGCCACAACAGGUCCUUAUUCCAGCGUCUCAGCAAGCACCUCAGCAGCAGGUUAUUGUGCCAGAUUCCAAGCUGAUACCGCAUAUGAAUGCAUCGGGCAUGAGUGCUGCAGCCACUGCAGCUACAUUGGCUCUCCCUGCUGGUGUUACUCCUGUUCAGCAGAUACUUACAAAUUCAGGCCAGAUCCUCCAAGUAGUUAGAACUGCAAAUGGAGCUCAGUAUAUCAUUCAGCCACAGCAGCCAGUUGUUCUACAGCAGCAGGUUAUACCACAAAUGCAGCCUGGUGGAGUACAGGCACCUGUCAUACAGCAGGUUUUGGCUCCUAUCCCUGGAGGGCUUUCCCAGCAGACAGGAGUGAUUAUUCAGCCUCAGCAGAUCCUGUUUACAGGAAAUAAAACACAAGUCAUACCUACAACAGUGGCUGCCCCUACAACAGCUCAAGCACAGAUUCCUGCAGCUGGUCAGCAGCAACCACAACAACAACAGGCACAACCACAAGCACCACUUGUUCUCCAAGUUGAUGGAGCAGGGGACACAUCAUCUGAAGAAGAAGAAGAUGAGGAAGAAGACUAUGAUGAUGAUGAAGAAGAAGACAAAGAGAAAGAUGGGGGUGAAGAUGGACAAGUUGAAGAGGAGCCUCUUAACAGUGAAGAUGAUGUGAGUGAUGAGGAAGGACAAGAACUGUUUGAUACAGAAAAUGUUGUUGUGUGCCAGUAUGAUAAGAUCCAUAGAAGUAAAAACAAAUGGAAGUUUCAUCUCAAAGAUGGCAUCAUGAAUCUUAAUGGAAGAGAUUAUGUAUUUUCCAAAGCCAUUGGGGAUGCAGAAUGGUGAAGUUUUAAAAGACAAAACAAAAAAAACUCCCUGUAAAAGGAAAAAAAAAUCAAAAGCAGGAAAGGUUGAGACUUGGACAUAUACUCCAACCAAAUGUGUAUCUGCACAUCUGAGAUAAGAAACAAAAGUAUUGGAACAAAGGAAAAAUGUGGCAACAAAGACACUACUUCAGAUGAGCAAGCCAUGGACUGUAACAGCUAUAGCAUUGUCUGGGAGCUGGUUUUGUGUGUUAGGAAUACCUUAAUUAUCAAUUCUACAUACAGGUACCUACAGCUGGUAUUUAGCAUGUAAGGCUUUGUUCCCCCCCUCCCUUUUUCCCUUGAUUUAAGAUUUUAAAAUACUUCUUCCACUGAUUGAAGGAACUCUUCCCUUUGAUAGGUUAUUAAUCUGAAAACGCUUAUUGUGUGUACCAAUCUUUGCUUUGAACACUUCCUUUUGGUAGUGAGGAUGGUCAGAAUGUUACUUAAACUGCGUGCAAGCUUUGUACAGAAGGGUAAGAAUUAAGGUGUUAAAUUUUAAAUAACUUGUAUAAGGAAAAUAUUUUUAAUUCUGAUAUGCUCAUUAAUUAUUAUAUCUAUUUGUUGUUCAAUUCAGUUCCCCAUAAACAGGUUGUUGUUCCUAGCAGUUAUUAAAUGAAAAAUGAUCAUUUAUAUUUCAAAAUUAUUUUAAUUUCAUGUAAGUAAUAUCUUUUAUUUAGGGCUGUAUUUUUAAAUGCUAAGCACCUGUAGCUCCCCCUGCCCCCCAAAAGUCAGAUUGCUUAACUUGUUAAUUAUAUUCUUGCUGUUUGGUGGUGGCUCAGCAUCACUGAACUGGAGCAAAUAAUACAGUUGUUUUUCUGUUUUUUUUUAAAGGCUUUGGAGAACUUUUGAAUCAAAUGUGUAGGUAAUGGCAUAAUAGAUGCAUUCUUUCACCUGCUUAUUACAUUUGUAGUCCAGACAUCCACAAGUAAUUCUACAGACCACAAGAAUGACUAAAGUUUUAAUAUAGGAAAGUCACAUAAAAAUUCUAAUAUCCUGGCUGCAACUCUGUUAAUCAAAGAUCUGCUUUACUAAAAAAUAUAGCCAUAAGUUACCUGCAGCAGUUAAUCUCUCUGAAGUUUCCAGGUGGCAUGUAAUUUCAGGAAGAGACCUGCACAGCUUUGAGGAUGCAGAUUUUGUCAGAGCAUUUUUAGACUGUCAUGGUGACAGAAGAUGAAGCAGUUGGGUGCACUAAACCAGUCAGAUUUUCACUUGCCUUUUCCAGAGAUGUGGUUUCAUGGUGGUUUUGGUUUGUUUUUUUUCCUUUGUGAAAAGCAACAAGGUUGCUCCCCCUUCUUCCCUUCCUCUCCUGAGGAGUGAACACCAUAGGUUGCUCUUGCAAAUCCUGCAAAACUGCUUUGAGAAAUGCAGUUACUUUUGAACAAGGAGAGGGAAUGGGCAUUAUAUUUAGAAACUGUUGAGGAAGAAAUGUUCUUCUGGCUCACCGUUUCAAAAAAACUGUUUCAUUAGGUGCUUAGAGGGGUGAUGCAAAAGGACACAGCAAGGAUAAUUUGAACUAAAUUGGGGAAGUCUUUCAGAAGCAGACAUUUGAACCAUGAUAUCUGACCUUUUUUGCUUGAGAAUGAAACUUUUUAAACAUUAUUUACAAAGUCACAAAUAUAUUUUAGUAGUGUAUGACAAUGGCUGUAAUUUUCAUUCUCUCUGAUUAACUUGCUUCCAAGUGCACUCAUGGUCUCAGUAGUAUGUGGAAAACUAAAAACACACGUGGUAAAGAGAGGGUUUUUCUGCUGUGGUUUUGUACAUCUGUGCUCUCGUUGAUGCAGAUUAAAACUGCCUGUAGGCUACGUCUAGAGGCCUUGUGGCUGUUAGUAAGCCAUCCACAGGCAGCAGUUUCAGGAAAAGUUAAUUGAUGUUUCUUCUAAUUCAUUCUGAAGUAAUGAAAUCUUCAUUUAGAGUGCAUUUCUGGCUUAGGGCUUCAAGGUAUCUCAAACUGAUUGGCGCUUGCUUUCUUCUGAACAAAGCAAAUACUUUAUUUUUUUUACCACUGUUGACACUUCUAUGUACAAUUGCAAUGAAAUCAAUACUGUACCAACCAAUUCCUUCCCUCACUUCUUCCACAUCUGUUACCAGUAAGUCUUACGUAGUGGAUUUCAGAAAAAUUUCCGUAACAUUGCACAACCAAACCAAUAAAAGGAAAAAAAUAUCCCUUCAGUUAUAGAUUCCUGUUUAUACUACUGGAACCCAGAUUACUUGUACAACACUUUGUUUUCAUUCACCUUAGUGUUUUUUUUUCACCCACAUACAUAUACUAGAAGCUGCAUAGCCUUUUUAUUUAUUAAGAGAUAGCAGAACCUUAACGGUAAUUUAAGUUUAGCCUGUUCUGAAGGAUGCUAGAAGCUUUCUGAACUUGCACAGUCUCUUGCAAACUAAUUGUAUGGUAUGCUUUUCAUAUAAGUCUUGUCUUCAAAUAGGAAUACCUGUGAAGUUUUCAGAAAGCCAGUCAAACAUUAACGCACCAAACUGUGCUCUUAUUGCUACAUCAAGUGUUCCUUUUUUAAAUCAAAAAGCAUGUUAUAAUUUCAUUUUAUUGUAGCAGCUUGCUGUAAGAAUGUAGUUUGCUUAAUUUUAUUAUUAUACUUGAAUUUUUAAUCAUAGUUUUAACAGUGUAACUGAACAGAUCAUUUCAUUAGGUUCCAAAGAAACCAUUCCUUUCAGAGGGCAAGGGACUCCCAUGUUCAUAGUUCAUAAAUGAUUCCUCCCCCAUCAUUCCCCCCUGGAAGUAGGUUUUUGGUUGUUGAGGUUUUUGUGGGUUGAUUUGUUUUUGGGUUUUUUUGUUGUUGUUGUUGUUCCCCCCAUUUAAAUAGUUCAGUAUUAACGAAACAAUUGAUUUCAAGAGGGCUUAUGUUAAAAUUUGCACAGAUAAUGGAGCACCUUUUUAUGAUGGAAAAAAUGGGGAAAUGUAACUUCGUAAUUAUAACCAUGAUGGCUGAUGGAAACUUGUAUAGCAACUGGGCAAAAUUAAAAGUCUUGUGCCUUUUCAGUUUGCAGAAUACCUGUUUUGCCAGUAUGACAGUACUCUUACUUGAUUCCUGAGAGAGUGAAUUUCCUUGCAGUGCUUCAAUCAGAAAAGCAACUUUUUUUGCUCUAAUUCUGUUGUAUUUUAGUGUGUGCAAUCAUUUUAAAACACCUAAGUUGAAUGCAAAAUAUGUUUUCUUUUAAGGAGGUAAUAGAGAAUUUAGUCACUUAAGGAACUUUAUAUUGGACUAUUUAAAUAAAAUAUGUUUUUAUUCCCCCUCAGUUGCUGGUUAGUGACAAGAUUUCUUAGAGGCUUCAUACUCCUUGUUCAUGAAUUAUACUCACAAGUUGCAUUUGAACAUAAUUCAGUUUCCUAAACACAAUUUAAAGUUAUAAUUGUGGUCAGAGUUUAUUUCCAAGAAUAUGAUAUGUGAUUCUGAAGCACAGUUUCUAGAAGAGAGCAAAGAACUUGUUGUGUCAUAUAAUAGACUUUUUUUUUUUACUAUAAAUUUUUUUUUUCUAUUUCUGCUGCACAGUUAGUGUGUUAAAGUAAUCUUAAUUGAGUCUGUGAAAGUAAUUCCACUGUCUGACAGAUAGGAGUAAUUGUGUCACCACAUUAACACUACCUGAGUAAAAUUUCUUAAUUCCAGUGAAGGACUUAGAGACCUCAUUAACUGAAGUUCAUUUUGAUUCAAUCUCUUCAAUUUGCAAAAGCUCCUUUGAAAACAAUGAAUUCCCUGCCUCUCAUUUCCCCCAAAGGAAAAGCUUCCUUAAUAGAACACAGUAAGAUGUCCAGGAAGUGAGCAGAGGUUUUAGGAUAAUGCACACUGGAUUGGUACUGGGCUGCCUUACUCAGCAUCGUGGGGUUUACUGUGCAGCACUCCACCCCACCUAAGCACCCACAACUGAAAUUAGAGUUCUUUACAGACUUUUGAGAUUAGUGACUAUACAAGAUGAAGAGACUUGCUCAUUGUUAUGUAUUGGUGUCUGGCAUUUAAAGUCUCGUUUUCCCAUUACUGUGAUUGUUUGGGAAAUGUGUAAAAUCCAUUGGUUUCCCUGUUGUCGACUUUUUUCAGGCAGUUCAAGCAGUGUGUCUUCUAUUAUUUGGUGGAUUAGACAUUGUGGAACAAAAGGAACUUUUAUUUAACAGGAAGAGCUAUCUUGGGUUAGCUGUGUGUACAGUCAUCCAAUGAGAUAUGUUCCAGAGUGCAUAGGGUACCAAUAGAUUACGGAGUGGGGGAAUAUCCUUUUUUGCUGUUCUGACCUACUAUUGUCAACUGCUGUUGUACAUAUACUGUUAUGUGUAAGGGGGUAAAUAUAUUUAUUAUGUUUGUAAAAUUCAUUCUGUACAAUUGCAGAUCAAGGUUGCUCCUCUGUGAUAUACAGGAUAUUAUGUUUCAAAGGCCAUGCUUGGAAUACGAUUAGAGAACUUAGUAUUUUGAUGUACUAAGACCUAUUUUAAGUUUAAUAUUUUGCCUUUGCAAAAACUUUAAUUAAAGAUGUUAUUUAAAAA